AUGGGGUGCUGCCCGGGAGACUGCUUCAACUGCUGCUCCCAGGAACAAGAAUGCUGUGAGGAGUGUUGCUGCCAGCAGGGUUGCUGUGGCUGCUGUGGCCCUUGCUGUGGCUCCUGCUGUGGCUGUGGAGGCUCUGGCUGUGGAGGCUCUGGCUGCGGAUCUGGCUGCUGCGGGUCUAGCUGCUGUGGAUCUGGCUGUGGGGGCUGUGGAGGCUGCGGAGGCUGCGGAGGCUGUGGAGGCUGCGGAGGCUGUGGGGGCUGCGGAGGCAGUUGCUGUGGCUCAGGCUGCUGUGGCGGCGGAUGCUGUGGUCCAGUGUGCUGUCAGCCCACACCUGUUUGUGAAACAAAAUGA